AUGUCUGAUAUCGAUAAUAUUCACGAUGCCAUUGUGACCAUCGCUAGACUCAAGGUGGCCGUUUGCAGACACCAGACACGCAUGGAUCAACUCGGUUCAUGGACCAACAGGCUCAUCCGUGAGGAUGUUUCUCAACAGCGGAUUGGGAACAGAACUCUCAAUGUCGAACUUUGCAAGGUUCAGAGAAGGAUUCCAAAGGUCGAAGCAACUACCCCUGACAGAGGAGUUGCUUUGCUGAUUGAGGGUGAGGAUAUUGAUAUCUCAGAGGUAGAUGAGACAGAGGAUGAUAGCUCGGACGAGAAUUGAAACAUGGCCAACGCAGCAG